AAAACCCUUCAGUUGCUUCCCAAGUUCUAUCUCAUGUCCUGUAAAGGUGUGGUGAAGAGCUGGAGGUUUAGUCUUUGGGCUUAAUCCCCUCUGCCAGGUCUUGGCUGGGCAAUCAGCUCUCACGACCUUGCCCCUGUGCAUUUCUUCUCUCUUCUGUAGAAUGGGGGAAAGAAAACCUUCCUCCUAGGAUUUUUUAAAUAAUUAAUACUAUAUCAGACCGUGACUAUUGCUAUUAUUAAUAGUAACAAGAAGCUUUCUAUGGUGAUCCACUAUUUAUUACUUACUUUCUGGGUCUCAUCCAUUAAAGCAUGUUUUUCUAUCUCCUUUGGUUUAAAAAAAAAAUCUUACCUUUAAGUCUCUGUUUUGUCCUAUUAGUAACUAGCAUUUCUCUCAAUUCAAGGUAGAAAUGAUCAUCCGAGACUAUUUCCUUCCCUGUUCUAACAGAGAUCUUGCCACCUAAAGUGAGUGCUUUUGCUCUAAGCAGCUGUGUUCAAUAAUGUUCCCAGCAGAAGAACUCCAUAUGAGAAGCAUUUUGUUUGGAAAAGAGGCUUUAGGAAAUAAUACAAAUUUUACUUCUAAGAGUUGUUGCUUCUAAAUUUCAGCUUUCAUCAUGAACCUCUCCCUACUUGGCUGACAGAUUUUGCCAGGAGAAAAAUAUACCAUAUGUUUUUAGAAAUUCUAGAAAUGCUCUAUUUCAUAAAGCUUGUUUCUAACAGAGUUGGUUGAGGGUGGGACAGUUGGAGGUAGCUGCUCUCAGGCACACCCCCAAAGUUUUCCAAGUUUGGAGAGGAGAUUUUGCUUCGAGAAGCAUACUGCAAAAUGCAAGGGAAGUCACUCCACACUAGUUAUAGUCUAAAAAUGGGCAGAAGAGCCACCCCUCUGCCCUCUCUCUUCUCGCCUUCCUCCUCCCCCUUGCAUCUUUCCCCACUCUUGUAGGAUUUUCUUCACCAAGAAUGGCUGACUGCACUAUUCUCACAGUAUUUCCUUAAGAAAAUCAAUUCUGAACUGUACAUUAGAGUGAAAACAAUUUUGAGCAAUGUAUUGGGAAGAAGAGGGUGCUGGGUACAGCCUGGGGGAAAAGUGGGAGGGGGUGGUGGUUAGUCUUGGCCUAUACAGAACCAAGGGCAGUGGAGAUCUGGCAACUUCCUCAUCCACCCAAGGGAUGUUUUCAGCUACACAAAGUCAUGAAGGGUCCCCAACUCAGCAUAAUUCCCAUUCACAGUAUGGAAUGGAACCAUACACACCAUGCAUUAAUUAAAAGUCAUGCCAGUUCACACUAUAAGAAAAAUGCUCAAAAGAAAAAAAAAAAGAAGAAUCAUAGUAAGUAGUAGUAGUAGUAGUUAGUAGAAGAAGAGCAAAGGGAUGGAAAUGGAUCCAUGGAGGGCCCAAGUUCUUCACUGGAAAUACAAUACGAUAAUGUUGAGAAUGAAGUGACUAGCCGCCCCCUCCCGCCCCCACAAAAAAGCCAAGUGCUGUAGAUAAGGAGGUGGCUUAGCAGACAAUACCAUCAUAGAGUGGCACACCCAGUGAUGUCAUAGAGUGCUUGAAUGGUGACCCGAGGCUUUGUGCCCCACGUCGCACAGCUGAUAAAUGUGGGGUUUUUUUAAAGCUUACUUAUUUAUUUUGAGGGGAGGAGAAUAAAUGAAUAUGUAGGGGAGGGGCAGAGAAACAGGGAGAGAGAGAGAAUCCCAAGCAGGCUCUCCACUGUCAGCACAGAGCCUGACCUGGGGUUCAGACUCAUGAACCAUGAGAUCAUGACCUGAGCCAAAGUCAGAUGGUUAACUGACUGAGCCACCAAGGUGCCCCCACAGGAUGGAUGUUUAUUAUGAUAUUUAAUGGCAGAGGAAAAACCUGAAGAGGCACAUCUUUCACUAUGCUCUUCAAGUGUGAACACAUAGGACAUCGAACUUUGUGAGCCCUCCCCAAGCCCCACAUAGCUCUGUGAAACCCAGAACUAUCUGUUGGCAAUUGGGUUAGGCACGGUCUGCUACAUGAUUUUGUAGAGCCCAGUGUAAAAUGAAAAUGUAGGCCUCUAGCAGGGGCAGGGAAAGCAAUCCCCCUUCUCACGGCCAACAACCCCAACACACAGUGGACAGGCGACAGUCCAAGGAACUGCUAUCUCUGUAGUGGGACAGGCUCAAUAUCUGGUGUGGGUGAGAUAUGCCACGGAAUCACCUGUGAAACACACCAGGGCCCGGCCAGCCUAAGGCAGGGACAGCUAUGUUCUUGCUCUGUCCUGAAAUGCUGCAGGGAAAACACCCAACCCACCCCUCACCUUGCCUGUGCUCACAUCCCAGGCAGGGAUGGAGGGUGAUGAUGGAACAAAACCCCAUUGCUUCCCCAGGCGACAUUGUGGAGGGAAGGUUAGACUGGCCAGGACAUCAGAGGUGGGAGCAGAUGGUCAAGAUCCCCUGCCCCAGGGAGGCAGCAGGAGGCGGGAUGUGGGACCAUGGACCACAUGUGAGCCAAGGCUCCGAGCCCUCUGCACGGGCUCCACUGCCCCAUCAGACUUUACCUACAAAACACAAAUUCCAGGCUAAAAUUGUUAAGAAUUCCAAAAAAGCAAGUGCAGAGCACUAAACCCUAAGCACUGCCUUUCUGAGCGGUGUGACAAUGCUGGUCACACACCCUUGAAGCCAACACUGAGACUGGGUCUCACCUAUACUAGAUGGUGUCAUGGCAGUCACUGUGAGGACAAACCUUUCUUUAAGAGUCUAAUCAGCCGAAUGAGGGCCAGUUUUCUUCCCUUUUUUUUUUAACAACCAAAUAUUUAACAAGUGGGAGUCCCCACUAUUCAGACACAAUGAGCAUUUUGUCCACUUCGAAUACUUGCCCUUGAAUUAUUCUGAGUCUCCUGUCUAAACAAAGGGGUGGAGCUGACAGCCGGUCAGAUGUCUUGUUUUAUCAGGCAGGAUGGUUGUUUUGUGCCAACCUGUGCCUUCCUUACUUCUCCCCUCCCCCCACCCCGCAACAAACUGGCACACAAAGGGAAAAGUCAGCAACUACUGUCUGUUAAAGAAUAUCAGUCUUCAGAUGGGGAGGGCAUGGUUAAAUAUUCACCACAAUUGAAAUGAAACAGGUCAACUAACUUCACGUCUUUGAUCCCUGUUCCUGACAAAAAUAUUUGAAAGUUGAGAUGGUUUUUAACUCUAAAAACUCUAUAGAGGGGAGAUUAACUUUGACCUUUAUUAUUGGGAAAAAAAAAAAAGAUAGACCAUUAAUUUUUUUCCUUCAAGACAGCCCAAGAUGAGGUGCUUGGGUCUUCAAAAUGCCAUUGUGGUCUGGACACAAUGUGAGGCAGAAUCUGCCAGCGUUUGGUAGAAGUUUCAGUUGGAGAGAAGAGAAUCUUUAUUAACAUGUGCUGGGCCACGUGGGAACCAUAUCUGCUCAGGAACAUUAUGCAGGUGUGUUAUCACAUAGGCAGUAUAGCAGGAUGUCAAGGAGCUUUGGUCACCAAAGAUGCUUGAGGGGAUUGAUGCAGUGGUUCUCUGCUUGGAGGCUCACGGUAGCCUGUGGGCCACUACCAACGUCCAUGGCCACGAAUCACGCCCAGAGAGUCUCCCUCAUUGGUCAGGGAUAGAACUUGGGCAUCUUAAGUAUUUGAAAAGCUAGCCAAGUUAUUCUAUUCAGAAAGGCUUAAAAAGUGCUAAAUAAUCUCGCUCUCUCUACCUGUAUUAUAGAUGAGGCAAAUCAAGCCCAGAGAAAUUAAAUUGUUUUCUGAGAGGUCCUCCUUUAUUCAACGACAAAGAUAAUUCUCAAACCUGGGCUGCUCAGGAUUCCCCAUGAGUUCUAUUUCUUCUCUGUCGUGUAUGCUUGGUGUAGUCUAUAGGAGAUGUUUUGAAGGGAAGCUAAUUACUAUUAUUUUUCUAGCUCUUUUAUAAGGGUCUUGAGAACUUUGUAGUAGAAUUAUAAAAUUACUCUUAUUUGAUGAGGUUAAUUAAACUCAAAAGCUGUAAGCAGGAGGAAGUCUUUGUAACAUUACAACCUAGGUUAGUAGAACCAUUUUCUGAGCCUUUCCUAGCACUUUGUGGUAUUCUGUCCUCAAUUCCCAGGCGCGUCGAGCCUGGGAAAGUACAAUAGCAAUGAAUCCAGCAUCUCUCUCCUUUUGCAGAGAAAUAGUGAUCCAGGAAGGAGGCACUCAUAGCUGAUAGCGAGUGAAGGAUCCUUCCUCCCUUUCUUCCCAGCACCAAGCCAUGUCCUACCAAAUUGCAUGCCCCAAAUGUCAUCCCUGGCAGUUCGUCCAAAUACCUCAUAAGAGUGAAAACGUGAGGACCAAGGAAGAAGAUAGUCAGAUACUAAAGCUCUGGGUGAGACAUUGUCUUCCUAGCGUGAGCGCCAGGUAGCUUUUUAAAACUAACUUAGGGAGCAGUAGGAAGAUGGCCCCAAAACAGACACUGGGUCCUCUCUCAGAGACUCUUCUUUAUCUGGGGCUACAGCUGUAAGUUAUUUAGAAAAGAUGACAGUGCUGGACUUGAUUAUACGGAAUCGUAUUUGCUACUAAUCAUCUCUUCCAAUUAACGCUGAGCCGUCUUGUGGAGCAGUACGUGCGAGUAUCCUUCGAUACGAAACCUGAUCUCCUCCUACACCUGAUGACCAAGGAAUGGCAGCUGGAGCUUCCCAAGCUUCUCAUCUCUGUGCACGGGGGCCUGCAGAACUUUGAACUCCAGCCAAAACUCAAGCAAGUCUUUGGAAAAGGUCUCAUCAAAGCGGCCAUGACAACCGGCGCAUGGAUAUUCACUGGAGGGGUUAACACAGGUGUUAUUCGCCAUGUUGGGGAUGCCCUGAAGGACCAUGCAUCUAAGUCUCGAGGGAAGAUAUGUACCAUAGGCAUCGCCCCCUGGGGAAUUGUGGAAAACCAAGAAGACCUCAUUGGAAGAGAUGUUGUGCGGCCAUAUCAGACCAUGUCCAACCCCAUGAGCAAGCUCACUGUGCUCAACAGCAUGCAUUCUCACUUCAUUCUGGCCGACAAUGGCACCACUGGCAAAUACGGAGCCGAGGUGAAGCUAAGGAGACAACUGGAAAAGCAUAUUUCUCUCCAGAAGAUAAACACAAGAUGCCUGCCGUUUUUCUCUCUUGACUCCCGCUUGUUUUAUUCAUUUUGGGGUAGUUGCCAAUUAGACCCAAUUGGAAUCGGUCAAGGCGUUCCAGUGGUGGCACUCAUUGUGGAAGGAGGACCCAAUGUGAUCUCCAUUGUCUUGGAGUACCUUCGAGACACCCCUCCCGUGCCAGUUGUUGUCUGCGAUGGGAGUGGACGGGCAUCUGACAUCCUGGCCUUUGGGCAUAAAUAUUCAGAAGAAGGCGGACUUAUCAAUGAAUCUCUGAGGGACCAGCUGCUAGUGACCAUCCAGAAGACUUUCACCUACACUCGAACCCAAGCUCAGCAUCUGUUCAUCAUCCUCAUGGAGUGCAUGAAGAAGAAGGAAUUGAUUACGGUGUUUCGGAUGGGAUCAGAAGGACACCAGGACAUUGAUUUAGCUAUCCUGACAGCUUUGCUCAAAGGAGCCAAUGCCUCGGCCCCGGACCAGCUGAGCUUAGCUCUAGCCUGGAACAGAGUGGACAUCGCUCGCAGCCAGAUCUUUAUUUAUGGGCAGCAGUGGCCGGUGGGGUCUUUGGAGCAAGCCAUGUUGGAUGCCCUAGUUCUGGACAGAGUGGAUUUUGUGAAAUUACUCAUAGAGAAUGGAGUAAGCAUGCACCGUUUUCUCACCAUCUCCAGACUAGAGGAAUUGUACAAUACGAGACAUGGGCCCUCAAAUACAUUGUACCACUUGGUCAGGGAUGUCAAAAAGCGAGAAUAUCCAGGUUUCGGUUGGAUCUAUUUUAAGGGGAACCUGCCCCCAGACUAUAGAAUCAGCCUGAUUGACAUCGGCCUGGUGAUCGAGUACCUGAUGGGCGGGGCUUAUCGCUGUAACUACACACGCAAGCGCUUCCGGACGCUCUACCACAAUCUCUUUGGCCCCAAGAGGCCCAAAGCCUUGAAACUACUGGGAAUGGAGGAUGAUGUUCCCUUGAGGCGAGGAAGAAAGACAACCAAGAAGCGAGAAGAAGAGGUUGACAUUGACUUGGACGACCCUGAGAUCAACCACUUCCCUUUUCCUUUCCAUGAGCUGAUGGUGUGGGCCGUCCUGAUGAAGAGGCAGAAGAUGGCCCUGUUCUUCUGGCAGCACGGCGAGGAGGCCAUGGCCAAGGCCCUGGUGGCCUGCAAGCUCUGCAAAGCCAUGGCUCACGAGGCGUCUGAGAAUGACAUGGUUGAUGACAUCUCCCAGGAACUGAACCACAACUCCAGGGACUUCGGCCAGCUGGCGGUGGAGCUCCUUGACCAGUCCUAUAAGCAGGACGAACAGCUGGCCAUGAAACUGCUGACGUAUGAGCUCAAGAACUGGAGCAAUGCCACCUGCCUGCAGCUUGCUGUGGCUGCCAAGCACCGCGACUUCAUUGCACACACGUGCAGCCAGAUGCUGCUCACCGACAUGUGGAUGGGCCGACUGCGCAUGCGCAAGAACUCGGGCCUCAAGGUAAUUCUGGGAAUUCUACUUCCUCCUUCAAUUCUCAGCUUGGAGUUCAAGAACAAAGACGACAUGCCGUAUAUGUCUCAGGCCCAGGAAAUCCACCUCCAAGAAAAGGAACCAGAAGAGCCGGAGAAGCCCACAAAGGAAAAAGAUGAGGAGGAUAUGGAACUGACAGCGAUGUUGGGACGAAACAAUGGGGAGUCUUCCAGAAAGAAGGAUGAAGAGGAAGUUCAGAGCAGACACCGGUUAAUCCCCCUGGGCAGAAAAAUCUAUGAAUUCUACAAUGCACCCAUUGUGAAGUUCUGGUUCUACACUCUGGCGUACAUCGGAUACUUGAUGCUCUUCAACUAUAUCGUGUUAGUGAAGAUGGAGCGCUGGCCUUCCACGCAGGAAUGGAUUGUCAUUUCGUACAUAUUCACCCUGGGGAUAGAGAAGAUGAGAGAGAUCCUGAUGUCAGAGCCAGGGAAGUUGCUACAGAAAGUAAAGGUGUGGCUGCAGGAGUACUGGAAUGUCACAGACCUAAUAGCCAUCCUUUUGUUCUCUGUGGGAAUGAUCCUUCGUCUCCAAGACCAGCCCUUCAGGAGUGAUGGGAGGGUCAUCUAUUGUGUGAACAUCAUUUAUUGGUACAUCCGUCUACUAGACAUCUUCGGCGUGAACAAGUAUUUGGGCCCAUACGUAAUGAUGAUUGGAAAAAUGAUGAUAGACAUGAUGUACUUUGUCAUCAUUAUGCUGGUGGUACUGAUGAGUUUUGGGGUCGCCAGGCAAGCCAUUCUCUUUCCCAAUGAAGAACCAUCAUGGAAAUUGGCCAAGAACAUCUUCUACAUGCCCUAUUGGAUGAUUUAUGGGGAAGUGUUUGCGGACCAGAUAGACCCUCCCUGUGGACAGAAUGAGACACGGGAGGAUGGCAAAAUAAUCCAGCUGCCUCCCUGCAAGACAGGAGCCUGGAUUGUACCGGCCAUCAUGGCCUGCUACCUGUUAGUGGCGAACAUCCUGCUGGUCAACCUGCUCAUCGCCGUCUUUAACAAUACAUUUUUUGAGGUGAAGUCAAUAUCCAACCAAGUGUGGAAGUUUCAGAGGUAUCAGCUCAUCAUGACCUUCCAUGAGAGGCCAGUUCUGCCCCCACCUCUGAUCAUCUUUAGCCACAUGACCAUGAUAUUCCAGCAUCUGUGUUGCCGAUGGAGAAAACACGAGAGCGACCCAGAUGAGAGGGACUAUGGCUUGAAACUGUUCAUAACUGAUGAUGAGCUCAAGAAAGUACAUGAUUUCGAAGAGCAGUGCAUAGAGGAGUAUUUCAGAGAAAAGGAUGAUCGAUUCAACUCGUCCAAUGAUGAGAGGAUACGCGUGACUUCAGAAAGGGUGGAGAACAUGUCCAUGCGGCUGGAGGAAGUCAACGAGAGAGAGCACUGCAUGAAGGCCUCACUCCAGACCGUGGACAUCCGGCUGGCACAGCUCGAGGACCUCAUUGGGCGCAUGGCCACGGCCCUAGAGCGCCUGACAGGUCUGGAGCGGGCUGAGUCCAACAAGAUCCGCUCCCGGACCUCGUCGGACUGUACGGAUGCCGCCUACAUCGUGCGCCAAAGCAGCUUCAACAGCCAGGAAGGAAAUACCUUCAAGCUCCAAGAGAGUAUAGACCCUGCAGGUGAGGAGACCAUGUCCCCAACUUCUCCAACCCUAAUGCCCCGUAUGCGAAGCCAUUCUUUCUAUUCAGUCAAUAUGAAAGACAAAGGUGGUAUAGAAAAGUUGGAAAGUCUUUUUAAAGAAAGGUCCCUGAGCCUCCACCGGGCUACUAGUUCCCACUCUGUAGCAAAAGAACCCAAAGCUCCUGCAGUCCCUGCAAACACCUUGGCCAUUGUUCCAGACUCCAGAAGACCGUCCUCGUGUAUAGACAUCUAUGUCUCUGCCAUGGAUGAACUACACUGUGACAUAGACCCUCUGGACAAUUCCAUGAACAUCCUCGGGCUAGGCGAGCCAAGCUUUUCGGCUACGGCACCUUCCACGGCUCCUUCAACCAGUGCCUAUGCAACCCUUGCACCCACAGACAGACCUCCGAGCCGGAGCAUUGAUUUUGAGGACAUCACCUCCAUGGACACUAGAUCUUUUUCUUCAGACUAUACCCACCUCCCAGAAUGCCAAAACCCCUGGGACACUGACCCUCCAAUGUACCAGAGCAUCGAGCGUUCCAAAAGUAGCCGCUAUAUAGCCACCACACCCUUUCUUCUAGAAGAGGCCCCCAUGGUGAAAUCUCAUAGCUUUAUGUUUUCUCCUUCGAGGAGCUAUUAUGCCAACUUCGGGGUACCCAUGAAAACAGCAGAAUACACAAGUAUUACAGACUGUAUUGACACAAGAUGUGUCAAUGCCCCUCAAGCGAUUGCUGACAGGGCCACCUUCCCCGGAGGUCUUGGAGGCAAAGUAGAGGAUUCAUCUUGCUGCCAUCCUGAGCGAGAAGCAGAACUGAGCCACCCCAGCUCUGACAGUGAGGAGAACGAGGCCAGAGGCCGGAGAGCCACCAUCGCGAUACCUUCCCAGGAGGGUGAUAACUCAGACAGAACCGUGUCCAAUAACAUCACAGUUCCCAAGAUAGAGCGCGCCAACAGCUACUCGGCAGAGGAGCCAAGCGCGCCAUAUGCACACACCAGGAAGAGCUUCUCCAUCAGUGACAAACUCGACAGGCAGCGGAACACAGCAAGCCUGCGCAAUCCCUUCCAGAGGAGUAAGUCCUCCAAGCCGGAGGGACGAGGGGACAGCCUGUCCAUGAGGAGACUGUCCAGAACGUCCGCCUUCCACAGCUUUGAAAGCAAGCACAACUAAACCUUCCUAAUACGCAUUGCAGGAGGCUCAAGAAUCCAGCCCUAAAAUCCUCCCCGAACUCUACCUGUUCCCCUUCCUUGACACAUCCCUGCUUUAUUCUUAGCUGAGCAAAACAAGCAAUGCCUCGGGAGGUGUUAACUCAAAGGUGACUUCGGGGCCACCGAUCGAGAAAGCCUUUGGUCUGGCCCAGCGCCAAACACAGGGGCUUUAAGUCAUGCUCCCACUUGAUGGGCAGGGAGGGGACAGAGGGAGGAGCAGGGUUGAGAUGAAUGUGUGUCAGUAGUCACUUCUGAAAGCCAUGAGCUCUGGGAAUGAAGGGGCUUCAAGCAUUCUCCAUGCCAGGAGGCAUCUUUCCAAUUCUGACCAUGAUCAAGAGUUUUAGGAUACAGGGCUAAGUUGCAAACUAAGAUAAAAUAAAGUAGCCAGCAUACAAAUGAGAUAUUCUAAACUUCAAUUCUGUUUUCUUUUCACAUUGGCUCCAUCACUGGUGACUGAUGAAGAGCAUCCUUUUUAUUCAGUAUAAGCCGGCAGCAAGCAGUUCUACCUAACGUCCCAACUCCUUCUCAUGCCAACACUUCUGUAAUUGAUCAUUAUAAAGAAAACACAAGGUAACAGUCAUAGUUCGCCUGUCUCUUAUAUAUUCACUUCUGGUGCCACAACUGUUUAUCUUUUUUGAAGAAAAUAAAGGGAAAAGAAAUGCCUUUUUGUAUUGCAAUCGAAAUGAAAGAAGAAUUGAGGCUAAACACAAGUGUCAAGUGGUUUAUUAUAUGCAGUGGGCAUUCGAGUAUAGUCAAGCAAGCUCAGGAUGAAUGUAAUUAAAUAACUUUAUAUUUUUUAAUUUAUUUUGUACCUCACCCAUCGUCAAGGAAGCCACUCACUGAAUAUGUGAUAGUGAACUCAAAGGAAAACAAAAAUAGUGGGCAGAACUCACCUAAAAUUGCCAUAUGGUAUACUGUUGUAUUCUCGCCAUUACUGUCAUGUGCCAUGCUGCUGUGUGGCUGUCAUCAUUUGCAUGACUCUGCCAUGUCUUCUGAACAUCUCCAAGAUGUACCUGGAAAUUCUUCACACUACUCAUCACAUGACCAUUUUGUAUAUGAAGACCUGAUCACAUGUGGAUAUUUUCAUACCUAGAGUUUUGCCAUUUAAUCUGAGCUCAGCAUAAAUUUAAUUGGAGAUUUUCCAAGGGCUGGUAUCUUUUUUAUGGAAAUGUUCCAAAGUACUUUUUAAGGAAGUUUCAAAUCAUAAAUAACCUUAGAAUUGACUGCAAAUCUGGUAUCAACCCAAAGUCAUCAGUUGCAGGCAUACCAUGAAUAUUUUUCUUAUAUACAGAGCUAUAAAAAUGAUACAAUAGACUAAAAUGGAAAGCAAAUAAACCACAUAAAGACUUCUAUAGUAUAUGCUGCUUAUAUACAUAUAUAUGCAUUUACACAGACAUGUUUAUAUAUAGUAUAUAAACAGGCAUAUAGAGCUUUCUUAAGAGGCUUGGACCUUUUCUAUCACCUUGAGAUAUAACCAGGAUUUUUUAAUAUCCAAGAGUUCCACUGAAAGAGUUCAUUAUAUUAUGUUGGAUUUUGACAGGUGUUAAAAUUAUGACUUUUUAAAUCCCUAUGACCUUAGUUCCUCCUUGCACCAAACUAGACUGGCCAAAAUGACUGGCGACCCGCCCUCUGCUUUUCUGUCCAGAAGCACAUGCUGUGAUGACAUCUUAUUUAGUCUGGUUUCUUCUGCACAAAGUGAUUACGCCAAGUACAACCCAAAUUAGACAUGCAAUUCUAAGCCGGAUAGUAUUACGGACUCUUUAAUACAGGCUACUACUAGAUCAGAAUCUGGAUUUGAAGGGAGAUAAAUAAAUAUUGACCCUCAAAUCUUCAGAUUCCUACUUGUGUCACUGAUUUUUAAAAAGAAUAAAAUCUUUAAGGAAAAUGAUCUAAUGUUCUUGGCCCCCCCAACGCUAUGUGGUUCUCCUGUUUAGUUGUUGUCAUGAGCUCCAGAUUUUCUCAUUAUGUGAAAUCAAGUAAACACAUGGACAGAACCUCUAGCCUUCAAAUUUUUUUAACCCUCUGAACCAGUCUUUUGGAUAUGGAAAUAGUUAUGAAGCCACAUACAAAGAAUUAAAUAAUUCCUUUUCACUCUUUGGUAUGUGGGUGAAUAAAAAACAAGCAACCAGCCUCCCUCGGAUGCAAUUGCUCUAGAAAGGCUUACAUUUUUUACUGAGCCCCACACUGGCUGUUUCCCUUUCAGCAAACAUGUAUGUGGUCUGAGAAUAAAUCAGUUGCCCUUAAACUUCCUUGAGUCAUGAAUCUCAUUGAGAAUCUGGUGAAAUCUUUGGGCCCUCCAGAAAAGAAUGUACAUAGGUGCAAAGUUGCAAUAUAACCUGCAAGGGCCCACGGACCCCUGGUUCCAUCUUGAGUGAUAACGAGGAAGAGGAAUCGUGGUUGCUCAUAAUCAAUAGUUGUAACAGGCACUUUACAUUUGAGACCAUUUCUCUGUGAUUCUCAGGAAGGCUAAGUCUCAACACCAGAGUUUGAACCAAGAUUUCGUUCUUUUCGUCCCUUAGAUUCUAUUUUGCUAGCGUGAUAUGCUUGUAUCCUAAUGUUUGAUGAUUUUAAGUAUGGAGCACACUUUAAAAAGCCGGAAGGCUCUCCGAGAGGGUCUGUAGAGGAAUCCAAGAAGGAGGUGAAACCAUUAAUCUUUGACCACAGAGCAGGACAUCACUGUACCUCCAGGGCCCCAUUCUGGACCAGACUGAAAGUGAGGGAGAGAAAUUAUGUGCACAAGUGUUUCCCUUCACCGUGAUUUCUGGAGAGAACAGAACAGGACCCGGGAAGCACAGUACUUAACAGUCCUGACCUUGUGACUGCCUGGUUCUUUUGUUGUGCAGGAAAAUGAAGUUCUUACAUCUUCUGUGAAGUGUGCAAAAUAUACAAGCCAAAUUUCAAUCUUUAAACUUCAGCUGUGCAAUUCUCAUGAGCCAUUUCUUUCCUGUGCGCCUACAUGUGUGUCCUGUUUCAACCCAUUUCUUCCCAUUUCUGGGUUCUCUGCACACCGAUGUGGCAUCGAUUCUGUGGCCUUGUACAGUCAGCUUGUGUUCAGAUCAUUUAUCCCAUCAUGUCCCCGAUCAAGGGGACGUUAAUUACCUGUCUCUGUGAAUUAAGUAGCUUGUGGGCAGCACAUUGAGGAACAUAAAUAAAGUCAUAGAGAGCUCACAGAAUUAAUAGCUCUGGCUUCAUUUCUGCUUUUGAGGUGCCAAUUUUAUAUACUACUAUAUGUAAUGAUUCGUUCUAAAUUGCUUGUUCCAUUUGAAAAACAAUUGUUUUAUGAAAAUAGCCAUGGAAAUUCCCUGAUUGACCCACAUGCUUAUAGUUAGAAACUUCCUCCUUGAUGGAUUUGAACAAGAAGCUGGAAAACUUGGGCACAAUUGUCAUGGCUACGUUAUAUAUUUCUCCAAGCCAGAAGGUGUGUGUUAGCAGGCAGAAUGCAGCACUUUACGGAGCUGGAUUUCUUUUUAAGUCUAAGCUUCCAGGUCUAGGAUAUCUAUUUAGCACUUUGAACCUUCCCCUUUAAAAAAAGAAAAAAAAAAAAGAAAUAUAUAUAUAUAUAUAUAUAUAUAUAUAUAUAUAUAUAUAUGAAUAAUCCAGUGGGAAAACUGUACUUCUAAAAACACAAAGUGUGUUUCUUCUGAAUGUUUCUAAGGUACUCUAAAAGAUGGUUUCUAUAGAUAAUAUUAUGGUAGAUAACUGGAUAGUACAUUUAUUCUACUUCCUGAGGCUUACAGUCUAAUCUUCCUGAAUGUUUGGGCUGUUUAACUUCUGUAAUGGUAAUCAGUAUUAUCCAGUCAUCCAUCAUGCUGCAUCUAUAGGCUGUACCAUUUAACGUGUCAGGCAAUGCUGUAUUAUAAAACACAUGCACAUGUAUAUGUAACCCAUGUUUUUAACCCAGCAUAGUUGUAGCAUGUGGUUGUAUUAAUGAACGUUACAGGACAGCUUUGCUAAUCAUUGACAAAUCUGUAACAUUCAAUAAAGAAGCACAUGUUGCCGGGAUUAAGUAUGUUCCCAAUUCCAUGUUAUUUAGCCUCCUCGUAAAAUGAGCACUUUUGUUCCUGAGCUGCUUUAUGUUUUUCACAAUCCUGUAGGCCACUAGGAAAUACGUGUAUAAGCUGAUGUACACCCUCUAACCAGCCCUGUGAGCCUUGGUAGGUGAAUUGUGUUUUGCAAAAGAUGAGCUGGCAUGUUAUGCAAAAGACUAUAUGACAAAUGAACUUAAAAUAAUAUUUUAAACUCCAGUUGAAUUAGCUGUUUGUUUACAUCUGCUAACCCCAUGUGGAAGCAGGGUACAGUAUUUUAUAAAUAUGUUCAUUUAGUAACACUGAUACGUUUGUUUCUAGAUGAAGUGAUGCUAGUGUGUAGGUGGUUAUAUAUGUUCUAGAUAUUGCAUUAUUACUCACUAUUCUUUAACAAUAGCAAUGUAACUGAAAUGAAGUAACCCUCCCCCAAAUCCAGUCUUAAUUUUGUGGCAACAAAAUGCAUGCACUGCUUUAUGCGUUUCUUUUGACUUUUUAAGGGCACUUAACAUUUUACUAUUGCCUGCUGUAGCACUUAAAAACCAGCUAGGAACUUGCUCACGCUGUUGGGCUGCUUACACUGUUUGGGAAUUAUGUUCAAUUUUUCAAAAGUAAAAACAAAAAAGUAACCAAGGGGCUUUUUUUAAUCUUUUUUGAAGCUCUGAACAAAUAAUAUGAAAGAAAGUAUUAACCACAGGGUGUAUAGCUAGGGGACCCAGAGAUGGCUAGCCAACAGCGGUCCAGGUGUUGGUGCACCUGUGAUAUAGGAAAGACCCAUUUCUGAUUCUUUAGGGCCACUGGGUACAGAUUGUUAAACGAGACGUGAGAGUGAGAAGUCCAUUGGUGACAAUGCAGAAAUCCACAGGUCAUGGUGAAUGAGUGGUCCAGUGAUGCUGGUGCCCUCCCUCCUACUUGGUGGCUUUUCUUACCUGUGUAUGAGCCUGGGCUGGGAGGAGAGCAAGGGGUGGGUGACUCCGUGUCUGAUCAAGAACUAGGUGAGUCUGAAGAGUUUGCCCUUUAAAGAAAUCACCAUGUCAUUAUCAGAAGCCAUUCCACAUCUGGAAAAGAGAGGAGCCAGUUUGCACAGUCUUAUAAAUGACUGUUCCUCAAACGGGUAGAGAAAACUUUUCUCUCAGCCUGCACUGGCCUAAGCUUUCUCUUCCUUUUACAUGUCAAACAUUCUCUUUCCCAGAUUGGGGUCAGCCAAAGAGGCGUUGGUUCUGAUUUAAGGAAAACAAGAUUUUUCUUUUCUUUUCUUUUUUAAUGCACUUGAGAAGGUCCCUGCGUUACCUUUUCUCUGAGUUCCUUGCACUGAUCGCUGCUAAUGAAAUCAAAACAUGAUGAUUUCUACAUGUUGUCUAAGGAAGGAUUUCAGUGGCCACAUAAUCCACAUGGCAGUCAGAGUGAGGUGAAUUUUCCCUUCCCUAAUUCACCUUGUCUGCGGGUCCCCAUAAGCCUCCAGGCCCUUGCCUAUUUGCACAAUGUUUGUGAGCUGGAAAGCGAAAAGGGCACACAUGGCCACGAGUCCACGGGCUAUCUGCAGAGCAUCGAAACCAACCUUGACCCAGGCCUUCCUCAGGAACAGGCAGCCUGCUGAGAGCAUUGGGUUACAGAGAGAAGUUCAGCUUCACGCCUGAAUAUGCAUCCUUCGUCACCCCCUUAACUUUCCUUUCUCUUCGCCCAGCACAACACGCUUUUUUGCCAGACCAACAGACCCUUGCUCCUAGUACCUCAGUACCCCAUGGAGCCUAGCACAGUAAGCUGAAACAGUGGCUACUUGGAGAAAGUCCAGCUUUCAGACUUUGUCCCGCCCUAAUCUUCCCGUUAACCAAGGCUGCUCCCCAUACUCUCCCCCAUGCCCCUGACUCAGCUGGCGUUUGAAUCAGCCCCUUCCAGUUCUUGGCCCGCCUGAAUCCCAAAAAGAGUCCCUCCUGUCUUCACCCCGGCUCCCCCCAGAUCAUCAGAACCAGCCAUCUGCAUCUAGACUGCGGGCUGCAACCUCAAAUACACGCAGGGGCUGGAGCCAGGAUGCAAAUGUGCCCGUUGGAUGUUGAAAGACAACAGGAAGAAGUGGGGUUUGUAGGGCAUGAGAGAACACGUGUCCCGCUACAAAAACAUUCACAUUCAGACUUGUAAACACUCUGCUAGCCAAACAAAUGUGUCUGCCAGCAGCAUUCAGUCCCAACAGCACUAGUUUGGGACCUCUGAUUUAGGGCCAAGCAGGAUCAUAUUCUUGAUCCUGACUUAGUGUAUACAAGAAAUACAGCGAGAACUGAGGCAGGGGCGGAGAGGAACUCACCCUAUUCAGGGUUAUUCCCGCUCUCCCGAAUGACGUAUGUGUGUGUAUUUGCUUAGCUGCAUCUUUCUGGACCCAAACGCAGGAUCUUUGUGAGAGAGAUUCAGAAGAAGAGUACCGUAGCAUUGUAUCGAGGCUUACCUGCUUCCUGUCACUACAGCGUCUAACUUGAGUUUAUAUUGCUGUUUCUGCUGUGCAAAACAGUACAUGCAGUAUACUGUAUUCAUAAUCAUUUCAUAAUCUAGAACUUAGGCUCUCAUUUGUAAACAUUCUAACCAUAGUUUAUAAUGGGGGAAAUUCUUCAAAUAUCCUUUUUAAAUGAAUUCCUAUAAAUACAACAAUUUUGAAAUUGGGUUUGUUAAAUAUAUAUACAUCUUCUCCUUCUUUGUGUAUGGAUAGACAGCGGUUUGCAUAUCUAUCGACAUUAUAAAUAUAUAUAAAUCCUUAGAGGAAUUGUUCUUUUUUAAAGGUCUAUUAUUGGAUUCACAAUGCACUUUGAGCUUGUUUGUUUAGAUACAUAAUUCGAAGCAGAAGUUGGCAGAUACCAUGGGAAAAACUUUCUGAAAUUUCUGUAACAAAUGUUUUGCAAUAAAAAAAAAAAAAACUUAGUAGUUUAAAACAUGA